AAUUAUCCAGGCAUUUUUGGGAAUGGCUCGCCAGUGCAGCUAUUCUAGCUUUCUUCCUUGUGCAGUCGUAUCACAUGAACGAAUAUCUGAGCACACUCAUGGUGUCCCCAAAAGUCGUGGAAGCACUGGUAUUUGUGGAUGGCUCCAUUUUCACCCUGUACCUUGCUGCCAUCCAUGAGAUUUGGAGGUACAAGUCUCCAUGGAGCAACAGCUGGUUUGACCGACCUGCGAACUUACUCGCGUUCUGCGCGUACAGCCUGUCCUACUCCCUCAAGUUGGCGCUGCUCUGUUCCAUGGACGAUGACGAAAUUCGAUUUGGCAACGGCAACUGCAGAAGUUUGGCGCUCAUCCUGUGCAUCAAUCCAAUGUUCUUCUUUAUUUACUUCUGUGUAUGCGGGAGCUCGAACACAAUGUCAUCGAAGUGGAACUCAAUGGAGUUCGUUCUCCGAUGCCUAAUAACGCCAUUAAUAGAAUCAAGCGAGUUCAUGAACAUGCUGCACUCCAGGAGGUUACACGCUGGGCCUUGGCCUGACGAGCUCUUGAUGGCCGUCAGGUGGAUCCCGCUGACCACCGGAACCCUGCUGCCGAUCGGAGGCGCCGUCGUUCUCUGUCUCACCGACAAGCAGUUUGAGAAACUGACCCAGAAGUUUGGAAGUGUGAAACUUCUCGCAGCUUUGGGACUCAUGACGAUUGUGUCCAUCCAUUUUGUCCUCAGAAUUUGCGUCUUGAUGUAUUGCCCAGAUCUGCGGGACUUGCCCGACAUCUCCAGCAUGCACUACUACAUACUUAUGGAUCCGGCGAUCCUGGUCUCAUGCCUAAUGUACAUAAAAGAGGAGGCAGUGAUCAAGCCAUACGAAGUUGCUGUGCGCCAGGAAGACUCUGUAUAGAAUGAAUUCUGGCCCGUUGGUGGAACUGAAAGCUAGCUGUGGCAGCAAGCAAGAGAAAUAGGUGUGAAUCUGGAUUCAGACAAAUCUGAGUUAAUUCAUUUUUUA